ACACAAUCCGUGGUGCGUGUGCAUGCGUAGAAGUGGUAAUGGAGGAUUGUGAUCUACUCACAGGGGGCUUAGUUAGCAAGCUGUCUUCUUUCACUUCUAUUCGUAACUGCAGUUUCCUUUGAUUGUGAGGUAUUUACAACAUCUGGGACAACUUCUGAAUCAACCGAGAGGAGGUGGUCCUGCCACUGAGGUUUAGGAUGGCGUCAGACGUGGUCUCCCAAAACCAUGGUUCCAAGGGGAUCAUGACUUUUCACCCCACUGCUGAGGAAUUCAAGAACUUCAGCCGCUACAUUGCAUACAUAGAAUCCCAGGGAGCACAUAAAGCAGGCCUGGCUAAAAUUGUCCCACCAAAGGAGUGGAAACCCAGAGGAUCCUAUGAUGAUAUAGAUGACUUAGUGAUACCCGCCCCCAUCCAACAGGUGGUGACAGGCCAGUCGGGCCUUUUCACUCAGUACAACAUUCAGAAGAAGUCCAUGACUGUCAGAGAGUUCCGCAGGAUUGCCAACAGUGACAAGUUCUGUAGUCCACAUUAUGAUGACUUUGAGGAGCUGGAAAGGAAGUACUGGAAGAAUGUCACAUUUAACCCUCCUAUAUAUGGAGCAGAUGUUAAUGGAACCCUGUAUGACCCUGAAGUCAAAGAGUGGAACAUUUGUCAUCUGGACACCAUUUUGGAUACUGUUGAACGUGAAAGCGGCAUCACCAUUGAGGGUGUAAAUACACCCUACUUGUAUUUUGGCAUGUGGAAGACCACCUUUGCAUGGCACACUGAGGACAUGGACCUCUACAGUAUCAACUACUUGCACUUUGGAGAACCCAAAUCAUGGUACUGUGUUCCUCCAGAGCAUGGGAAAAGAUUGGAACGUCUGGCUAAAGGGUUCUUUCCUGGUAGUUCCCAAAAUUGUGAGGCUUUUUUGAGGCACAAGAUGACUCUCAUCUCUCCCUCCAUCCUGAAGAAGUAUGGCAUUCCGUUUGAAAAGAUUACUCAGGAGGCUGGUGAGUUCAUGGUUACUUUCCCCUACGCCUAUCAUGCCGGCUUCAACCACGGCUUCAACUGUGCUGAGUCCACCAACUUCGCCACAGAGAGAUGGAUUGAAUACGGCAAGCAAGCAGUUUUGUGCUCAUGCCGUAAGGACAUGGUGAAGAUUUCCAUGGAUGUAUUUGUGAAGAAAUUCCAGCCGGAGCGUUAUGAACAGUGGUUGGCAGGGAGAGAUGUGGUACCCAUCGACCACUCACGGCCCACCCCAGAGGCUAGAGAGUUCCUGGGGGACUCUUUCAAUGAUGUCACCAGCAACAGUAACAGUAGCUCUGUGGAGAGCUGUGGGGAGGAUGGAGAGCGGAAGAGUACUACACAGAGGAUAGAGACCAAGAGACACAGGGUGUGCCUGGAGGUGCCUGAGGAGGUUGUUCCCAAGGAUGAAGACGAUGAAGAUGAGGAGCAGUAUGGGAAGCGUCCCAGGCUAAGCCUUAUACCUCCACGUCCUAUGUCACAAGAUGGCAAGAGAAAUAAAGGCCCACCAAAAUUGGUUGUCACGCCAACCAAGCUCACUCUAAUGGAUCCGUUUCACAGAGGCUUGACCCAGAGUGAUGGAGGCCGUCCCCCUCAUUAUACCAAGACUCGUGCACCUGCCAUCUCGUCCCAGGCCAGAAAUGGACAUCUCUCAGUUUCCGUGGCACCUACAUGGACAGAGGCCACAGCUCAGCCUGCCCGGAAAAUGGGGGUAGCCAGCCUGCUCUUCCACAGGACUCUAAGUCCCAAAGACACUCUCCAGGUGCACAGCUACACUCUAGAAAAGCAGCGGCAUCCUCACACGCAGCUCCAGGUGCACAGUUACGCCAGAGAGCAUCAACCCCGUCAUCUUCAGCACAAAACCUGUACACCGUCACACACACAGGUUCAGGCUUCAUCUCAGGCACCAAGCUGUGAAAGAACAGAGCCACAGCCCGAAUCUAAAAUCAUUCUCACCAAAGUAGCACUGAAUGAGUCAGAAGCACAGGGUCCUGUUGAGCAGGACCAAGAGGAGGACAAACCCAAAAUGUCGACGUCCAUUGAGACUCAGGCUGAAGUGGAGAAUCCUGAAGUCGAGCCCACCAGCAAGUUUGCUUCCUUCCAGACUGAACCACAACCUAAAGACUUGAGCAAAGCGGAGAUAGAAGCUCCCAAGAGCAACAAGCGAAAGAGUAACCAAUGCCCCCUUGCGGAUAGUGGCAUUACCAUCCUGAAAGACACCAUUCCUGUCAAGAAACCAAAUCAUGAUGAGAUGAAGGUGAUCGCUCACAAUCAUCACCAGGUAUCAGAGGAGCAGUCAUACUGCAAGUCAGUGGUGAAGAAGCAGCAGGAGCAGCAGCAGCAGCAGCAGCAGCAGCAGCAGCAGCAGCAGCAGGAGCAGGAGCAGCAGCAGCAGGAGCAGCUCCGUAAGCUGCCUCGACACCACCCUCUAAUCAGAGAGAUGCACAGUGAUGAUGAUGUGUACGUAGAUGUGGAGGUUGAACAAGAGGAGAAAGAGGAGUGGGCAAAGCCACUAACCCAGCUGUGGCAGUGUCGGCCAUAUAACCCUCACGCAGAGAGGGAGUACAACAAGAGUAUGGGCCAGAAAGCCCCUUACUGCUCCAUCUGUCUGAUCUUCCACACCUACCAUCAGUCCGAGUCCAGCAGCACAAGUUCCAGUAUGACGUUGGUGAACCGUCCAGGAGGCCGCCAGUGGUCCAAACCACUCAUCCCAGAAAUGUGUUUCAACACCCAAACCAGCAGGGCGAAUGAUAGCGGAGAGGGACAGCUGUCUAACCCUAAUGUAGCAGAGGACGGGACCAGCCGACUAGUCAGCUGUGCUCAGUGCUGCGUCCGUGUACACACCAGUUGUUAUGGCGUGUCUGGUGACGGAGCGGAGCUUGAUGACUGGCUGUGUGCUCGCUGCGAGGCUGAUGCCAUCACCGAGGACUGCUGUCUGUGUUCCCUGAGAGGUGGAGCCCUGCAGAGAGCCAACAAUGACAAGUGGGUUCAUGUGCUGUGUGCCAUCACUGUGCUGGAAGCUCGCUUUGUCAACAUCACUGAGCGGAGCCCCAUUGACCUCUCUGCCAUACCGCUGCCACGGUUCAGACUGAAGUGCGUGUACUGCAGGAAGCGGAUGAAGCGGGAAGUGACGGGCUGCUGCGUCCAGUGCUCCCAUGGGCGUUGCUCCACGGCGUUUCACCCCACCUGCGCUCAGGCAGCUGGUAUCCUCAUGCACCCAGAUGACUGGCCCUUCGUAGUCUUCGUCACCUGCCACAGACACAGAACGCCUGUCAUACCUGAGCGCAACAAGGCGUCCAUGCGGGAGUUGGCAGUGGGGCAGAGGGUGAUCUGUAAAUACAAAAAUGGCCGCUACUACCACAGUGAGGUGGUGGAACUGACCACAGCCACCUUCUAUGAGGUGGUGUUCGAUGACGGGUCCUACAGCGACAACCUCUUCCCUGAGGACAUCGAGAACCGUGACUGCGUCCGCCUUGGUCCACCCGCCGAAGGUGAUGCUGUUCAAGUGCGGUGGACAGAUGGGUUGAUAUAUGGAGCCAAAUUUGUAGCAUCACACUCCAUCCCCAUGUACCUGGUGGAGUUUGAGGAUGGAUCGCAAAUCACUGUCAAGCGGGAAGACAUCUACACUCUAGAUGAGGAUCUGCCCAAACGAGUCAAAUCACGAAUGUCUGUGGCGUCAGACAUGCGUUUCGAGCUCUUCACACAGAACGACGUCAAACAGAACUCCAAAAGGCAACGAGUCAUCAACUCCCGAUACAGAGAGGACUAUAUCGAGCCCGUCAUUUACCGAGCCAUCAUGGAGUGACAUCAAUUUCUAUCUCCUCCUGCUUUCCACUACCACUCUUCCACCUCAUCAACUCACCACAGAGAGAGAGAGGGAGAGCUGCAGGUCUUCUCUGUUUCUGGCUACUGCUGAUAGGAGCGACCACCCUAUACACCUCCUCCUCCUCCUCCUCCUCCUCUUCAUCCUCUUCUUCCACAGCCUGUCAGGCUACAUAUUUAUAAACUACGGCUGGGACUUUAAAUGACUUUUGUGUGCAUUAAAUAAAUACUCUUAGACCUCCAUUUGCCAUCAUACUCUGUAGUUUAUAUUUUCUUCUUCCAUUUUAUUUUGCUUUUUUCUUUUUCUCAGGAAGAAGCCAUCAAUGAAUUAUUAAAUAUGGAACAGGUUGGACUAUCUAACUGGGGCAAGAUGUUCUCUUUUUUUCUACCACCACAUAUAGCGGCUAUAAAGUAAACACAGCUUUACACCGUCUACAAUGGACCGUUUUUGUAGUAGUGAUAUUUCUUCUAUAAAUGACCUUUUGAUCUUGACUUACAGACUUAUGUUAUUUUCAUAAUAAUUCAUCAUACUUUACUGUGCUUGAUAACGAGGUUAUAAAGGUUGUUGGUCUGUUUUUUCCCACCCAUGAAGUUAAACAAAGGCAGAAUCGAACACUUCAGUUGCCCAGAACACACCAAUCAGCACCGGACAAUUGACUGCAAUGAAAAUCAGUUUGAUCAGGCAAGUUAUGAGCAUUAUGUUAAGUUAAUGAACUAAUGUGUCAUGGUCACUUUUUGGCACUUGAAAUUGUAGUGCUCUCUUCAUGCAUUGCAUUAUGUGGUUCACACAAACAUCCCUUCUCAUGGGAGUGGCAACGUGCGUCUACUGUGAAGAUAGAAGAAGAAAACUAGAUGUGUUUUCAUGGCCCCAGCCUUACUUUGAAAGGGCCAAGCAAACUUUGUUUUUGUUUUUUUUUCUAAAGCUUAAGGUUUAUUAUGACUAUUGUAAUUAAUGUUAUUAUUACACUUUAUUUAUGGGAGUGCAUUACAUUUGAGAACAAAGCUAUUUUUGUCAUGUCUUUUCACAAUCUGUAGAAAACCUCAGAUGUAUUUAUAUUUAUUAUAAUGAUAGGUUUUCAGACAUCCUAAAUUUUUAGGCUCGCUUUUCCUUUAUUGGAUUUAUUGGAGCUCAAGUCUCUCUUAAAGCAAAAGCACUUCUCCUAACUUAUUUUUUUAAAGCAUUUUUCAGAAACAUGGACUCCACUGAGUUUAGACUUUGCGUGUGUGUGUGUUUCUGAUAAAAGCUAGCUCUAGAGAUGAAUGUUGUAAUGAGGUUAUAGUUUGAUCCCAAAUAAACAAACCUGUUGUAAGAGGAUAAGCGUCA